AUGUCACAGGUUGGCUUGACAAUCCAACAAGCAGAAGCAACAACUAUUGCAAAUGCAAUCAUGUCUGGAAAUGUGGGAGACUUCCAGUCAAAGGGACUUCACAUUGGUGGUGUCAAAUACACUGUCACAAGAGCUGACAAAGACGAGGGAACUGUUUUUGGAAAGGCUGGUGCAGCUGGUGUUUCAAUUUACAAGGGAAUCAAAGUCAUAUUGAUUGGAUACUUCAAGGACGCGUCUGUCUCUGCUGGACAGAAUUCAGACGCUGUCUACAAGCUCAAAGAUUACAUGGGACAAUCGGGUUAUUAA